UCCGUAAGACAAGGAGGAGUUGGCAAACAUGCUGCGUACUUGUCAGAAACGGAACCCGAAACACUUACGACGUUUUUCAAAUAUCUGGUGGCCAUAUCGACGUGGUACGCUGCUACUGAGGGUUUCGCCAAGCUGGCCGUGUGUCUGUUAUACAGGCGUAUAUUCCCACAACGGCCGGUGCAGUUUGUCAUUCAUAUCACGAUGGGGGUUUUAAUCUGCACGUCUCUUGCAGUGACCCUUGCCAUUCUCUUCGACUGCAUGCCGUUCUCGGCACAUUGGGCAACAACGGAAGGGCAAAUUUCACACUGCAUCGAUACAGAGUCUCUGUAUAUUUGGUGCAGUUUUCCGAAUAUUGUCACGGAUGUUGUGUUGCUACUUCUCCCGAUGCCGGUUUUAUGGAACCUCAAGGCAUCUGCUGGGAUGAGGAUUGGUGUGAUUAUUACAUUCCUUUUUGGCAGCACUGGUACUAUAACAUCCAUUCUGCGCUUCGUGGCCUUCUACGACAAGAACCCAUUCAUCGAUCCGACGUGGAAUGGGGUUACGAUGAUCAUCUGGACAGUGUGCGAGCCAGGCGUAUACUUAAUUGCAGCCUGUCUGCUGGUUCUUAGGCCUGUAUUCGAGAGACUG